AUGAAGAAAUGCUGUUUAUGCAACAAUACAGGUAGUUGUAGGAACUGUCGUUGUGUCAAAGUAGGGAAGCGAUGCAGCAACUGCAAUCCACUCAACCACAACCGUUGUGUAAAUUGGAAAGUGCGUGGGACUGAGAAAACAGAGCCUAGAGAAAGCUGUAAAAAUGAGCAUGUGAAACCAUUUCAUCUCAUUCCUGGAUCUGUCUCUGUGCAAACCAAAUCAACAGUGUCUACUACGUCUCAGGCAGAGAAUCCUCAUAAUUCAGCUGGUAAUAAGGCGCCUACUAUUAUGGAUUCUCCAAUUAACCGCAACUUGGACAAUCCACUCUCUUACGCUUCAGUUGCUGCCAGCUCAAGGCACGUCAAUGAUUCUGAAAUCUUGCACUUUGAUAGCUAUGAUUUGUCUCAACCAUCGUUUAUGCAUUCCACUCUACCACAGAAAAUGAAAUUAACAUCCAAUGACACUUCAAGCUUGCAUGAAACGACCAACCAUGAUCACUGCCCAACAACCUCCUCUGAUAUGUCAUCGAUGGGAGUAGAGUUGGGUCAAUUUCCAUGUUACAAUCCGGUCUCGCCUCCUAAUUUUACCUGGGGAUCACUUUCUGGUACUGAAUUCCAACUACAGGUGAAUCAUGCCUAUUCUGAAGUCGUUCACUGGAAGCAAAAUUUAUUUCGUGUUCCUUCUGGAACAGCUGGCAACAAGUUUGUUUCAGAGCUUACCAGACUAUUUCAAGCAUUUGCAGAUUCUUCCUCUCUUGAAAGCAUUGCCCUCACAGCUUCAAUGCUAAUGCCACAGCUUCUUCUUCAGCGACCAUACAAACACGCAAACAAAGAAGCAAUACAGUCUUGUUUGUCUCGACGUUUAAACGCUUGGUUUGAUGGCAACAUUUCUGAUCUUUUGAGAGAAGGAAACACCAUUCAGAAACAACUUACUAGCCAUACGCAGAGAUUCAAGCAUAUUGCAGGCCAUUCAGGUGCAGACACCGAAAAGGUAUCUGCGCUUAAGUUUGCCAAUCUAGUAAAAAACGGGAAUAUCAAAGCAGCUGAUCGUCUGAUAAACAAACAAGGAGCUUCGGGUGUCCUAUCACUCACUAAAAGUAGAUCAGACAAUGAUCCGACAACGGUUAGAGAUGUCCUAAAAGAGAAACAUCCACAGGCGUCUCCAUUACAUCAAGAGGCGUUAUUGGAUUCCGCUGACCAAAUCCCAGUCCCUCACUCUAUUCUGUUUGAUCAAUUAGAUGGCAGUCUCAUUAGAUCCAUGGCUCUGAAAUCAUCUGGGGCGGCAGGUCCUUCCGGAUUAGAUGCGAGUAACUGGAAACGUCUUUGCACCAGUUUCAAAAGUUACUCCAAUGAGUUGUGUACUGCCCUUGCAGCUGUUGCCAAACGUUUGUCAACAACGUUUGUGGAUCCAAAUGCUAUCACAGCUUUAGUAGCUUGCCGAUUGAUACCACUUGACAAAAAUCCUGGCAUUCGUCCAAUUGGAAUAUGUGAAGUGAUACGGCGAAUACUGGGAAAAGCUAUCCUCAAAAUCGUUCGAUCUAAUGUACUAGCUGUCACUGGAGCUUUGCAGCUUUGCGCGGGGCAGAGUUCAGGCUGUGAAGCAGCUGUACAUGCAAUGCAAUCCAUCUACCACGACUCUGACACAGAGGCAAUCUUGCUUGUGGACGCAACAAAUGCUUUCAAUUGUCUUAACAGACAGGUUGCCUUGAAGAACAUUUCAAUCAACUGUCCUUCUAUUUUUCCCAUCCUUGUCAACACUUACAGGAAACCUUCUUGUCUCUUUGUUGGCGGGGAAAUGCUCUGGUCUCAAGAAGGUACCACGCAAGGAGACCCCUUGGCGAUGGUAAUGUACGCCCUUGCUACCGUGCCUUUAAUUACUAAACUAAAACUUUCAGAAAAUCGACAGGUAUGGUAUGCUGAUGAUGCCGCUGCUGGAGGAAAAUUAGAAAAAGUGAGAGAUUGGUGGCACUUGCUGUGUGACAAAGGCCCCAAAUACGGUUACUUCCCAAAUGGAAAGAAAUCUUGGCUGAUCGUGAAACCUGAUGCAAUUGACAAAGCAAGGCAGCUCUUUAACAACACUUCCGUGAACAUCACUUCAGAAGGUCACAAAUACCUAGGUUCCGCUAUUGGUACAGAAACUUUCCGCAAAACUUUCCUACAGCAAAAGAUUAUUGAAUGGACAAACGAAAUCGCUGAUUUGGCUCGCAUAGCUCGCUCACAACCCCACGCCGCAUAUGCUGCAUUUACCCACGGCAUUGUGGGUCGCUGGACGUAUGCACUGAGAACCAACCGUGAUGAUGGCACACUUUUGUGUUCACUAGAAUCUGCCAUUCAAGAAAACCUUAUUCCUGCUCUUCUCAAUCGAGCACAACUCAAUCCAACUGAAAGACAACUUAUCGCUUUGCCAGCUCGAUUCGGUGGUCUAGGUAUUAUCAAUCCUGAGAAUUUAGCAUAUGAAUAUUCCCAUUCACAAACCAUCACGGCGCCUUUAGUCAAGAAGAUUCUUCAACAAGACUUUGCUCUUGAAGAUACCUCUCAUCUCCAAGAAAAACUCAAAUUAACCACGCGACAACACAAACAACAGCAACUGAUGUCAUCUGCUGCCACUGUUGAAAAUCAACUUCCUCAGCACUUAAAGCGAGCGAUUUUACUCUCAAAAGAAAAGGGAGCUUCCUCUUGGUUGACAGUCAUCCCGGUUGAAGAGCAUGGCUACUACUUGCACAAAUCGGCAUUUCGUGACUCCAUUUGCCUACGCUAUGGCUGGAAACCUGCAUACCUUCCUGACAAGUGCCCUUGUGGCGGCAGCUUCAACGUGGAUCAUGCAUUAACUUGCCCCACAGGCGGGUUUCCGUCAUUGAGACAUAACGAAAUACGUGACAUUGUUGGAGGUCUUCUUGGAAAAGUUUGUAAUGACGUUAAACUUGAACCGGUUUUGCAAUCCCUGAAUGGUGAAAGCUUUGUUGGACGAAGUACCACAACAGACAAUGAAGCUCGACUAGACAUACGAGCAAAUGGCUUUUGGGGCAAAACUUUUCAAACUACCUUUUUUGAUGUACGUAUUUUCAAUGCAAAUGCUCCAUCCUACAGGGACAUUGCUAUUAAUUCUUGUUAUAAACGCCAAGAACAAGAAAAGAAGAGAAAGUACGAGCACAGGAUACAACAAGUGGAACUUUCGUCUUUUACACCUAUUGUCUAUUCUUGCACUGGCGGUUGCAGUUCUCUUACCAAUACUUUUGUCAAGAGACUUGCUUCCUUGCUGGCAAAUAAAACAGGCACCACAUACAAUCUUACCAUCAACUGGUUACGUUGCCGAAUUGGGUUCGCUCUACUACGAUCUUCAAUCAUGUGCCUACGAGGUUCUCGAUCCAAGCCACCUUGUCAUGAACUUGGUCAAGACUUGAACAUUAGCUUGGCUACUGCUGAAAGCGGCAUGGUCAGUUAAAAGUUCUUCCAGAGUAGUACUUUCUGUUUUAAAUUAGUAUAGUAACUGCUACAUUAGUUAGAUAAUUGACAUAUGUACGUUGUACAAUUUGUUCAAAUACAACACGGUUCCAAGUAGUAGUAGUAGU